UUCAACCACUGGAGCAUAAGGAAAUAAGAAACAACCUCUCUGUUGUUUGUUAUAGAGAUUAAGAUUGAUUUCAGACCCUUCGGAAAAAAAGGCAUUAAGUAUGCCAACCAAUUUAUGGGUGAUUGCAGUUCCAUCACUCUUACUUCUUAUGUUCAGACCCACUGUUCUGAUCAAUGAAGAUAAAACAUUUCAGCUUUGCUCCUCUAUGAGGGAAAAUUCAAAGGACCUGUCCUACCACAACCUGACAGGGAUACCACAAGACCUACCAGAUGGCACUGAAUACUUAGACAUAUCCCAUAACAAUAUUUCCAGUAUUGUCCGGGCAGAUCUGUGUAGGCUAAGCCGCCUGUGCUCUUUGAAGAUCACUCACUGUGGUCUUCAAUUAAUCUCUGCUGAUGCCUUUUAUAAUAACUCACAACUCAAGGUUCUCAACAUGUCCUAUAACCACUUGACCAUCAUUUCAUAUUUGCCUUUGCCACAGCUUAGGAUCCUAGACCUCUCCUGCAAUCGUUUUGAUAGCUAUGCCCUUCCAGGCUUUUUUAGGAACUUAACACAUCUUACCACCUUUGCAAUAGGAAGUACAAAAGCAACUUCAGUCGACAUUAAGGAUUUGACACCUCUUCAGAACACAAGCUUAAAAUGGUUUAGUUUUGGAUGUGGUUCUGAUUUGCAAAAAUAUGAAAAUGGAUCUUUUGCCCAGCUCAAGUCAUUACAGGAAGUGGCUCUGAGAGUGACACUUUGUAAAAGCUUCGAUAUAUUCACAAAAAUGAUCAUGGACCUUGACCAAGUGCAUACAAAGAAAGUCAAGCUACACAAACUCUUCCCAGAUAAAUGUACUAUCUUAAGUGAUCCUUUUGAAAUCUUUAAGGAGCUCCGUAUCCUUAGUAACAUAACUAUUGUAGACACUUGGAUAAACAGCUCCAUCAUGGUCAAACUAAUUCAAAAUAUCUGGAAAUCAUCUUUUGAGGAACUUGUAUUUCUAAACAUAACUUACAAUGAGGAUACUCCUCAUGGAUUUCAAUUCCCCAGUCAAAACCACACAACAAAUUUACGAGCAAUUGUUUUUGAUGGUGUGAAACACUAUCAGUACCAGUAUCCUACCGUCAACAUGAGCAUGGACCUCAUUUCUCAACUGACUUACAUGAAGUUCUCUGGUACUGGUAUGAAUAUCCUUCCAUGCAAAUUAAUUUCAGUUAUACCAUCGCUUCAAAUUUUAGACCUGUCAGAUAAUCUCUUAGAUGAUACUGGGUUUUGGUGGUUUUCUUGCUCAUAUGAAGAUGUGUUUCCUGCUUUGAGGCAUCUAUCACUGAGUCACAACCGUUUUUAUGACCUAGCAUUCAUUUCUAAAAAGACUUAUGAAAUGAAGGUAUUAACAUCCCUUGAUUUAAGUUUCAACUCAAUUUACAUUGGGGAACCAUGCUACUGGCCCUCUCACCUGACUGAACUUAAUCUUAGCCAUAACAAUUUGGGCAACACAAUAUUUAACUACCUUUCUCCUCAAUUCAAGAAGAUUGAUCUCUCCAAAACAGGCAUAAGUGCCAUUUCUCAAGAUGUCCUCUCUCAGUUCCCAAGACUAACUCAUCUCUUCCUAAGCUUUAACAGCAUACAAUGCAUCUCCUUCAAUCUCCAUGCACAUGCACUGCAAACACUCUAUGUUGAUCAGAAUGCUAUGACAUCUAUUGGCCAGGAUGAGCUGAAGGGCCUCACCAGCCUGGAGACUCUAAAAGCAGGCAAUAAUCCAUUUGUCUGUAACUGUGACUCUUUUUGGUUUGUCACAGUGUUCAACAAGUCCCUUCUCCCUGACUGGCCUUUAGACUACACUUGCAGCACUCCACAAUCACAAGCAGGAAAGUACUUGGAGAGUUACCAGCAGGACAAGUUUUCUUGUAUGCCAGGACUCCAGGCAGCAGUGGCUCUGCCAGUAGUUAUUGUCAUUACAGUUGCCUUGGGCAUCAUAUUUUAUGCCUUUGAUGGCAUCUGGUACACUAAAAUGCUUUGGGUAUGGAUAAGGGUGAAAAGGUGUAGCAGCAAACGGGCAGACCGAUUGAUGAAUGCCUCUUUUCGUUACCAUGCAUUCAUUUCAUACAGCCAGCAUGACUCAGCGUGGGUGGACACCCAGCUAGUGCCAGGAUUAGAGGGCUCAGGUUUGUCCAUCUGCAUUCAUGAGCGAGACUUUGUACCUGGCCAGUGGAUCAUCGACAAUAUUAUUAGCUGUGUGGAAGGUAGCUACAAAACCCUGUUUGUUCUUUCAAAUAGCUUUGUUCAGAGUGAAUGGUGUAACUAUGAGCUCUUCUUUGCUCAACACAGAGCCAUUAGUGUAAACGAGGACUCAUUAGUCUUUAUUCUGUUGGAGCCCAUCCCGACUGACUCUCUGCCCAAGAAGUUUCUGAAGCUGAGAACUUUGCUAAGAAAACAAACCUAUCUGGAGUGGCCAAAGGAUGAACACAAGAAAACAUUUUUUUGGUCUAGUCUUAAGGCCAUUCUUCGGGCUGCAGACAAAAGCAUUAUCCUGAAGGAAGCUGCUUUAGACAUGACUGAAACUUGUCCUUUACUGAGUACUCAAGGGUAAUUUUCCCUUCAAAUUGGAAAUGGAAUUUGUGAUUUUAUGAGCACAUUUUUGCAUUAAUUAUAGCUAUAGUUAAAAAAGAACAUAUUUGAACAUGUUACAAAUUACAUUAGUUAGAUAAAUGUAACAAAAACGAAAUUGUGUGAUUUAUUUUAUUUUGUAAAUACUCUCUUUUUGUUUAUAAGCCUAUUUGUCCAUAAACUACUCUGGUUAUUCAGGUAUUCAGCAUAUUUACUGUCCAUCAUGAACAGUUUAUAUGCCUAAUGGUUUGACAAUGUCUCCACCUGCUGUUAAAUGUCUGUAGCACAUAGUAUUGCACACAGAGUACUUUCUGUUUAACCUUUUGAACGGAAAAUAUCAUUAUUACUUAUUUUGAUGUUGAUAUCAUUAAUUAUUAUGCCUUUAAAUUAAAAAAUGAAAGCUAUUUAAAAUGCUUACAGAAUAAAACUGAAAAGCUUAAUUCUGUACUUUAUCUUAAUAAAGUACUUUAAUAGAGGAAAUGUAGUAGAUAUUUGUAAUGUAUCUCUCCUAGUCACAUGUAACUUUGUGUCCUAUUCCAGUAUGGGCUUUAACAUUCUGCUAGGAAGGAAAUCAUGAUCCAAUCUCUAAUUAACUAGAAGACGUUUGUCUGAUUGUAUUGAAUAUCAUUAUACCACAGACACACCAGUGGGACAAAGUUUUACUGAAAAUAUUGUACACUGAAGG